ACAUUCAACUCUGAAAUUCUCUAACACUUCUCUAGAUCGUAGAACUGCUACACCUUUCACUCUCUAAUUACACAAUGACCAAUUUGAAGCUUGUGUUCACGAUCAGUUCCAUUCUUCUAGCCUUGGUGUUUAUCAAUGGAAUUUCUUCAGUUAUGGGGAGGCCACUGAAAAAGGAGCACAUCAUAACAACAACCUACGAAAACAGUGUCAAAGAAAUGGGCACAGUGGAAGACAACAAUAUUCUCCUGUGGCGCCGAAGCAUCAUAGAAAAUGCAGCAAAUGAUGGUGGUGUUGAUAAAUGGAUCGACGAUUUCCGACCAACGGAUCCUGGUCAUAGUCCCGGUGCUGGCCAUUCCUCCCCAACCCCAAAGGACGCUAGUAACGGGGCCCCAAGGCCAUAGGUGUACAUCAUUCUUCUGCAUAUAAUAAUAAUGAUGUUUCGUUACUUGAUGCAUUAUUUUUUAUUCGUAGAAAUCAAAUAAUAUUAAAAGAUUUAAGAUAACUUAAAUAUCAUGCUCAA